AUGAAGAGCGCUACCCUACCAAUCCAGACGCAUCGGCACCAGGCUCAGGAUCAUGAAAUCUCGCAGCCUCUGACUUUCGACAAGGCCGUCAAGGAAGUCAAACAUGGCCAAGAUCCUUCAGCUGUUGCCGUCCGCCUCCUGGCAGAAAUGUCAUCAGCCGAGCGUUUACAUCUCCUGGAUGGAGACGUGCCUUUUUGGGAUGGUCUGCGGGAAAUACUUUGCGAUCGUUACAACCGCAAACCAUUUGUCAUGGGCGCCAUCCCUCGUCUCAACAUUCCAGGAAUCAGGUUUACUGAUGGGCCCAGGGGCAUUGUCAUGGGCUCGUCGACUGCCUUUCCGAUUGCCAUGGCACGCGGUGCAACCUGGGAUAUCGAGCUUGAACGGCGUAUCGGUAAUGCUAUUGGACUUGAAGGCAAAGCCCAGGGCGCCAAUCUCUUCGCCGGGGUAUGCAUCAACCUCCCGCGCCAUCCAGCGUGGGGUCGCAUCCAAGAAACAUAUGGAGAAGAUCCGAUCUUGUUGGGUGAAUUUGGCUCUGCUCUCACACAAGGCGUUCAAAACCAUAUCAUGGCUUGCGUGAAGCACUUUGCUUUGAACUCGAUAGAGAACGCUCGGUUUCGAGUUGAUGUACAAGUGGACGAAGACGUGCUUCAUGAAGUAUACCUCGCUCACUUCAAGAGAGUUAUCGAAGCCGGCGCAGCAUCAGUCAUGUCCUCGUAUAACUCGGUCAACGGAGAGUGGGCUGGGCAAAGCAGGCUCUUACUUACAGAUAUCUUGCGCGACCAGUGGAACUUCACUGGAUUCGUCAUGUCAGAUUUCAUUUUCGGUCUGAGAAAUGCUGCGACUUCUCUUAAGAACGGCUUGGACAUUGAAGCUCCUUUUGCACAACAACGGGCAAUGCAUCUCGAUGAUGCACUGAGGAGUGGUGAGCUAUCCCAGGUUGAUAUAGGCAGAGCAGCCAUGAACAUUCUGCGCACGAAGCUCGAAUUUGGCUCUCUUCUUAUCCAAGAACCGCCUAAUAAGUCGGUUGUCUUCUGUGAAGAACAUCGACAGCUCGCCAGAGAGGUUGCAGGACGAUCAAUGGUGCUUCUCAAGAAUGAUGCUAUCAAUGGCAAUCCGGUUCUUCCACUCAAAGCAGAAGCUCCAUCUCGCUUGGCUGUCGUUGGCCGUCUGGCAAACAAGCCCAACACGGGUGACAAGGGAUCCUCGCAGGUUUUCUCACCCACCAUAGUCACCCCCUACCAAGGACUCAAGAGCGAGAUUCCAAGCGCAGAUGUCAUUCUCGAAGAUAGCGACAAUCCAGAAGCCGCUCGAGAGGCCGCAAAGCAAGCAGAUGUUGCUGUUGUUAUCGUAGGCUACGACGCCGGGGAUGAGGGCGAAUAUGUAGUGCCUUCUCUCCAGAACGACCCUUGUUUAUCUGAACUUUUUCCCCCGACGAGGAAUCCUGAUGAGGAAGAGAUGUUGUCGAUUGUGCAGGGAAAGCCGACGCAAGGAAAACAAGAAUCAGCACUGGAAGUUGGCGCUGGUGGCGACCGACGAUCCCUGCGAUUAAGACCUCGAGACGUCCAGGUUAUCGGUGCCGUGGCAUCUGUCAACUCGCAUACAAUCGUCGUGCUUGUUUGCGCCGGCGCUGUCAUAAUGGAGGAAUGGAAGGAUAAGCCACCUGCUAUCUUGAUCAGUUGGUACGCUGGGGCAGAGGGUGGCUAUGCACUCGCAGUCGUCUUGCUUGGACGUGUUGAUACUGGAGGUAGAUUGCCAUUCUCUAUCCCUAAGGAUGAAAGCCACCUCCCAGAACUUGAUAUCGAAGCAUCAAGCAUCAAAUAUGAUCGUUGGUACGGCCAAGCUCUGCUCGAUAAGCUUGGAGUCGAUGCGGCGUUUCCACUCGGUUAUGGGCUGUCCUAUACCAAGUUUCGAUUCAAGAACCUUGACUGCGUGUACUUGGGGGUCCAGAGGAUUAUCAAGGUCGCUCUGGACGUGGAGAAUACAGGUCUGAGAUCCGGCCAUCACGUUGCGCAAGUGUAUGGGUAUCCUAAGAUGGUAGAGUUUCCGCAUCGGGUCUUGCUUGGAUUCGGGCAUGUUUACUUGCAAUCCGGGGAGUCGAAGCGGAUAUAUAUUGAAGCAUCCCUGCGGCCAAUUGAACGAUGGAUCAAUGGCAGAUUCUGUUCAUUGGUUAGUUCUGUUGAGAUUGAGGUUGCUGGAUACUCUGGGGAUAUGGAAGCAAUUCGCAAAGUUUGUAAGCUGUAUUGA